UGUGGGAUUCUUUUGACAAAUGGAAGUCGACUUCCAAGACAGAGACAAAAUUCGGACAAAGCAAUGGCAAUUUUCUCUUCUUUUGUUUCUCCACAAGGAAGAAGGAGAACUCAGACAAUUCGCAAGAACACAAACUCUCUUCCUCGGCUCUGCUUUCAACAUCCGAUGUUUCCUCUUUAAUCCCUCACUUUCAUUUCUUUUGAGGUGAAGAUUCACAUGCCAUUUGUCACAAAGGCCUCUGCUUUUCAGGAUUUGUGUGAAAAAUCGAAGUUUUUAUUCUGAGUUCUUUGCACUCAGACUGCAAAGUUUCUAAGAUUUCAAUGAGCGCAUCAUGGGUCUUAAGGGUGCGUUGACGUAGAAGAAGAAAAGUUUAGGUAUUUGGUGGAGUUGAUAAACUGGGCGGUUUCCGACCAAACCUUUUUCGCAUUCACAAAGGCGGUAAUUCUUGUUUUCUCUGACAUUCUCGGCAUUUUCCUCCGGUUUCUUGGAAAGAUUACGCUUUCCGGCAACCGAGGGGCGUAAAGUCGCCGCCUUUGUGGUAUUUCUCAGAUAAUGGGAUUUGGGGUCGGUAGUGGAGGCAGUAAAAUGUUGGAUUUCGGAACGGUCCAAAUGCAUAAGCGUUCAAAGAGCUUUCCAGAUAAGAAAAGAGCCGAGGGAGAUAACAACUCGACUAGUUAUGUUGAAGCCUCCCAACGCAUCAAGCUCGACAUGGGUCACUCAACUGAGUUAACCAGAACCAAGCAGAAGCAAUCUUCUCCAAGCACCGAUGUCCAAAAUUCAUUGAAGCAAGAGAUUAUACAGCUUGAAAGGAGAUUGCAAGAACAGUUUAAGGUUCGUUCUGCAUUAGAAAAGGCAUUGGGUUAUCGAACUUCGUCAAUUUACAUGGCGAGCGAAACAAAAGAGAUUCCCAUGCCCAAGCCAACCACACAGUUAAUCAAAGAAAUUUCAGUUCUGGAGUUGGAAGUUUUGCAUUUGGAGCAGUAUCUUCUUUCAUUGUACCGGAAAGCCUUUGAGCAAAAAAUCUCCUCCGUGUCUCCCCCACAGUCUGAAAAGACAAGACAUAAGUCUCCUGCAAUGAUCCCUAGAUGGUGUCUAGACUUCUCUGAGGCGGAUACAACGUUGGAAGCGGAUCAAUCUCCAAUCCAUUCUACAAAUCCCACGUUUGAUGAUAAUAAAUCAAAGGAAAUCGAUAUCUCUGUUGGAGACAGGAGCCAAAUAGAUGCGAGUGUUCAUCGUAGCCAUUCCGAGCUCUCUCAACGGUCAGCAUUUGAUGGUAGAACUUCCCCCGAAGAUUCUCGUGCUAGAGCUGUCCGUUCAUGCCAUUCUCAGCCGUUGUCUAAAUCAGAGUAUCCCCAGAAUGGAGAAAAUCUGAUCAGUUUGGCUGAACAUCUCGGCACACGAAUAUCGGAUCAUGUUCCAGAAACACCCAACAAGCUAUCCGAGGAAAUGAUCAAGUGUAUGUCAGCCAUAUAUUGCAAGCUAGCCGAGCCACCUUCAGUGAUCCAAGACCUUUCAUCUCCAAGCUCAUCUUUAUCAUCAACGAGCGUGUUUUCCCCCUCUGAUCAGUACAACACAUCUUUCGAUGUACGAUUGGAUAACCCUUUUCAGGUAGAAGGGCUCAACGAAUUCAGUGGGCCUUAUAGCACCAUGGUUGAAGUGCCUUGCAUUUACAGAGAUGUCAAAAAGGCCAGCGAGGUUGAAGAUCUGCUCCAAAAUUUCAAAUCGCUCAUCAGUAGACUGGAACAUGUGGAUCCAAGGAAGUUGAGACAUGAAGAGAAACUAGCUUUCUGGAUAAACGUGCACAAUGCACUUGUGAUGCAUGCGUUUUUAGCUUAUGGGAUCCCACAGAACAAUGUGAAGAGAGUUCUACUGCUACUGAAGGCUGCAUAUAAUGUAGGCGGCCACACAGUGAGCGCUGACGCGAUACAAAGUUCGAUCCUUCGAUGCAGAAUGUCUCGUCCUGGACAGUGGCUCAGAUUAUUGUUUGCUUCGAGGAAAUUCAGAGAAGGGGAUGAACGUAUGGGAUACGCGAUCGAGCAUCUCGAGCCUCUCCUAUACUUUGCACUUACAUCAGGCAGCCACUCUGAUCCUGCGGUACGUGUAUAUACAGCGAAAAGGAUACACCAAGAACUAGAAACGGCCAAAGAAGAGUACGUAAGGGCGAGCUUAGGCGUACGGAAUGGGAAGAUGGUAUUACCGAAGCUUGUGGAGACAUUUGCGAAGGAUUCGGGCUUAUGCGUGACGGAGAUGGUCUGGAAGAUUCUACCGGAAUCGUCGAGGAAAUGCCUGAAGAGAUGCAAAUCAAGGAGAGGCAUCGAGUGGAUCCCUCACAGUUUCGGAUUCAGGUAUUUGAUAUCCAGAGAGGCUGUCAGAUGACAUCCCUCUUUCUUGUUCAUGUUUAUUAUCUGUAAGCUCAUGUGGAGCGUUUGGGUGCUUCUUCUGAUGAUCCCUCGGGCAAGUUUUUUUGUAAAUUGUUUUUUCUCGCAGAUCCCAUGACUCUGUCAAUGGAUGUAAAAAACUUCGUGACCGGAUUGUUGAUUUUUUCAUUAAACUUGUAAAAAAUGUCGACGGUUUUGAAGAAUUGUCAUUUU